AGUUUUUUGCCGACCCGGAAACAGAUCCCGUGGUUCGAAGGUCGUGCCGUAGCGCGGCGGUUUCCUUUUGUUUGGAUUCGGUCUGGGAUUCCCAGCUCCCCCGCUGUUCUGUACGGGGAUCUGUGGGCCGACGAAGACCUUGAAAUCUCCGCAUCUCCAUUCACCCCGUGUCAAUUCAGGAGUCUCUGUGAGGGUCCGGCGGUCGCUUCCUCGUGUGUUAAAAUCGCUCGGCGACGGGUCCUGUUCCCGGUCGUUCUGCCUUGGGCCAGGCACAGGAGUCUCGCCAUGUUGCGCAAACUGGUCUUGAACUUCUGGGCUCAAACAAUCUGCUUGCCUCGUUCUCCAGACGUGCUGGGAUUAUAAGUGUGAGCCACCACAUGUGGCUGAGUAUUCAGUAUUUAUAAAAUCCACAGUAGUACACAGUUGUGUCCUAGGCCAUCACAUUCCGUCACCACACACUCACUGACUCAUCCAGAGCAAUUUCUAGCUCUGCAAGCUCCAUUCAUGGGACACUUGACAUUCAUGGAUGUGGCCAUAGAAUUCUCCCAGGAGGAGUGGAAAUGCCUGGACCCUGCACAGCAGGCUUUAUACAGGGACGUGAUGCUGGAGAACUACAGGAACCUGGUCUCCCUGGGAAUCUGUCUUCCUGACCUAAGUAUUAUCUCCAUGUUGGAGCAAAGGAGAGAGCCCUCGACUCUGCAGGGUGAAGUUAAAAUAGUAAAAAUUCAAGAUGGAAAGGAAUGUGUCAGAAAUGUGAACCCAGGGAGGAGCUGUAUAUUAAGAAGCAAUGCAGGAAACAAGCGUAUUAAAAAUCAACUUGGAUUAACCCUUGAGUCCCAUCUGUCUGAAUUGCAGCUGUUUCAAGCUGCAAGGAAAAUCUAUGGAAGUAAUCAAGGUGAAAAGUUUACAAACCAUAGUUCCUCAGUUUCACCACUUCAAAAAAUUUCUUCUAGUUUCACAACACACAUUUUUAAUAAAUACAGAAACGAUUUUAUUGAUUUACCAUUACUCCCACAAGAAGACAAAGUAUACAUUAGAGGAAAAUCUUAUGAAUGUGAAGAUGGCAAAGUUUUUAGAGUGUCUGCAAGCCUUACUAACCAUCAAGUAAUCCAUACUGCAGAUAAACCUUACAAAUGUACUCAGUGUGGCAAGGUCUUUAGUCGCAAUUCACACCUUGUAGAACAUUGGAGAAUUCAUACUGGACAGAAGCCUUACAAAUGUAGUGAAUGUGACAAAGUGUUUAAUCGCAAUUCAAAUCUUGCUCGACAUCAAAGAAUUCAUACUGGAGAGAAGCCUCACAAAUGUAACGAAUGUGGCAAAGCAUUUAGAGAGUGUUCAGGACUUACUACCCAUCUUGUAAUCCAUACUGGAGAGAAACCUUACAAGUGUAAUGAGUGUGGCAAGAACUUUAGGCACAAAUUUUCUCUCACCAACCAUCAGAGAAGUCACACUGCAGAAAAACCUUAUAAAUGUAACGAAUGUGGCAAGGUCUUUAGUCUGCUUUCAUACCUUGCACGGCAUCAAAUAAUUCAUAGUACAGAGAAGCCCUAUAAGUGUAAUGAAUGUGGAAGAGCAUUUCGCAAGCGUUCAGGCCUUAUGGCCCAUCUUCUCAUCCAUACUGGAGAGAAACCUUACAAAUGUAAUGAAUGCGACAAGGUCUUUGGGCGCAAAUUAUACCUAACCAACCAUCAGAGAAUUCAUACUGGAGAGAGACCUUACAAGUGUAAUGCAUGUGGCAAGGUCUUCAAUCAAAAUCCACACCUUGCACGACAUCGGAAAAUUCACGCUGGAGAGAAUUCGCUGCGCACCUUUCAGAUGCAAUCAAUGUGACAAAGUCUUUAGAUAAAAUUCAUACCUAGCACAACAGUGGAUGACUCAGGAGAAAAACCUUACAAAUAUCGUAAAAUGUGGCAAAGAAUUUAGUUUGCAUUCAAGCCUUUUUACCCAUCUGUUGAUCCACCCUGAAAGGAAAACUUACAAAUGUAAAGCUAAUGACAUAUAUAUAAAUAAUAUAUAGAGAACAGGGCUGGGCACGAUCACACGUGUAAUCCUAGUAUUUUGGGAGGC